UUUCCUAAUUCCAAUGAGAAAAACUUACGUCAGAGUCUCUCUCUCUAAAUCCUCUGUUUUUCUUCUCUCCUCUGUGUUCUGGAUCAAAUCAUUCAACCUCUCAAACCAAACCCAAAAUCCAAAUCUUUGAAAUUAUCUUCAUCAGUGAUCGUCAACAGGGGAGGGGGUCUUUGAAUUUUCAAAGAAUUGAAUCAUGGAAUCAUUAACAGAAGCAACAUCGGGUGCAAUUGGAGCUCUACUGAGUACAACAAUUCUUUAUCCUCUUGAUACUUGUAAGACUAGAUAUCAAGCUGAAGGUGGCGGAUCACAUGCCAAACCAAAAUACAGGAACCUCUCUGAUGUUCUAUGGGAAGCAGUUUCUACCCGACAAGUUUUGUCAUUGUACCAAGGUCUUGGGACAAAGAAUAUGCAAUCUUUCAUUGCUCAGUUUGUCUACUUCUAUGGAUACAGCUAUUUCAAGAAGUUGUAUCUUAGGAAGAGUGGAUCUAAAUCGAUUGGAACCACUGCAAACUUGAUUAUUGCUGCUGCUGCUGGGGCUUGCACUGCCUUAGUGACACAGCCAUUAGAUACAGCAUCCGCAAGGAUGCAGACAGCUUCCUUCGGGAAAUGCAAAGGGCUCUGGGAAACCCUAUCAGAAGGGUCAUGGAGUGAGGCCUUUGAUGGCCUGGGCAUUUCGCUGCUUUUGACCUCCAAUCCAGCCAUUCAGUACACCGUGUUUGAUCAACUGAAACAAAAGCUACUGAAGGACCAACAGAUGAAUAAAACAGGCUUGGAGUCAUCACCUGAAGCUCUUUCUGCCUUGACAGCUUUUGUACUUGGUGCAGUCUCGAAGAGUAUUGCCACAUUUUUGACAUAUCCAGCUAUCAGGUUGAAGGUCAUGAUUCAAGCUGCUGAUCAUGACGAUGGGACCAAACAAGCUCAACCAAAACGCCCUAAAACGAUAUCGAAUGUGUUAUGCUCUAUUUGGAAAAGAGAAGGGUUGCCCGGUUUCUUCAAAGGGUUGCAUGCUCAGAUUCUGAAGACAGUACUGAGUUCAGCCUUGCUUUUGAUGAUCAAGGAGAAGAUUACUAAGACAACAUGGGUCUUGAUGCUCGCACUUCGGAGGUAUCUUUUGCUUAGCAGAAGUAGAUUAAAGAGCGCUUAAAAGCAGUAAUGGAUAAAAUUUGUAGUUGGGUAUUUUGUAAAUGAUAAAAUGGCUCAAUUUACUUACGGCGCCUAAAGAAAUGAUCAUGUUGUAGAAGUAAUAAGCGUCAAAUAGAACCGUAGCCAAAAUUAUGUAGGAAGAUGAAGAAUUAAGUCAUGGUUGAAGCUUUUAUUUUUGUUGAGUAAUGAUGCUAUUACUGGGACAUGGACUCGUUAGCUUGAAGUGUAUGCAGUUCGCAAGGCGGUAGCUUGAUGAAUGCAGUUCAACUAAUGCCUAUUUGGUGAGUCUUAGUAAACUUUCUUUUACAUUAUGUAACACCUAGUGUUCACCAUCCGGAAGGGUUUUAAUUUUUUAUCCCGGUGCUUGAACCAGAAUUGCUGAUGACGAGCCUGACCGUUUGUACCGAAAACCUUUUGUUAUAUUUUAUUUAUUUAUUUAGGGUCUCCCUUACUUUAA